GAUACAUUAGCAUUACCCAUCCGAAAAAAUCGCCUAAGCAAAGCUAAGCUAAGUUCUUCCCGCCGGUGUUUAUAUAUCACCUUCUCCGGUCACAAUUCCUUCUCUGUCUCUCUCUAAAACAUUCCAUCAAUAAGCAUAGAUUAGAGAGAGAAAAUGGGAUAACCUUCAAUCCCCCUCACCAAAAACCCUAAGUUUCUCUCUCCUCGUUUCUCGGACAUUGAAGCCCUAGGGUUCGAGUCCUGUUGUUUAAUUGUCGUAUAAGCUGAGGAGAGAGAUAUGUACAAAGAAAGAAGAGUUGGCGGUGGAUCGAAGCCGGAGAUGGGACGUGUAGGUGAUAGGAAGAGAUUAAAUGAAGCCUUGGAUAAGCACUUGGAGCGCUCAUCUCCUUCUACCUCCACUACUACUGUCAGGGGUACUAAUGGAAAGGAUCAUCGCUUUGCCCUGUCCAAAUCCAAGGACCAGCUCAGAAACUCUGCUCCUCCUCCUCCUCCUGAUAAUAAGUGCUCUGAUGCAGAAUCUGAAACAGACAGUGAGGCAUCAGAUAUUAGUGGUUCUGAUGGAGAAGACACUUCAUGGAUCUCAUGGUACUGCGGUCUACGUGGGAAUGAGUUCUUCUGUGAAGUUGAUGAUGACUACAUCCAAGAUGACUUUAACCUGUGCGGUCUAAGCAGCCUCGUACCAUAUUAUGACUAUGCACUUGAUCUGAUUCUAGACGUCGAAUCUUCUCAUGGUGAUAUGUUUACAGAAGAACAGAAUGAACUAGUUGAAUCAGCAGCAGAGAUGCUUUAUGGUCUAAUACAUGCCCGCUACAUCUUGACAACAAAGGGACUCGCUGCUAUGUUAGAGAAGUACAAGAAUGCUGAGUUUGGGAGAUGUCCUAGAGUUUACUGCUGUGGACAACCAUGCCUCCCUGUUGGCCAGUCAGACAUUCCUCGACAAAGCAGAGUGAAUAUAUACUGUCCUCGAUGUGAAGAUGCGUAUACACCUCGGUCAAGAUAUCAUGAGAACAUUGAUGGAGCUUACUUUGGAACCACAUUUCCGCACCUGUUCUUGAUGACUUAUGGACAUCUCAAGCCACAGAAGAUUUCUCAGAGCUACGUUCCCAGAGUUUUUGGUUUCAAGGUCCACAAGCCUUGAUCCUGGUAGUGUUACCUACUGUCUAUGUUUUCCUUAUUAAUGUGCUAGCAGAGGUAAUGCUUUUAAUAGCACAUGUAGAAUUGUAAGGUUCUGUUAUAGGUUUUAUUCUCAUACAGGCUUUGGAAGAUGCUGUGUGAUAACAAAUUUACUUGGACUACGUUUAUGUAUGAAUACAAUUCUCCCUUGCUACAGUUUGUGCUUUUUUUGUUACCCUGUGAGGAUCUCUCAAAUACUGCGUUACAAACUAUUCUGUAGCGUGAUUUGUAUGUCAAUGUACACCCAAGUAUCGCAACUUGGAUUUGACACAUAA